UCGGACUCGGACUCGGACACGGACUCGGACUCGGACUCGGACACGGACUCGGACUCGGACUCGGACUCGGACACGGACUCGGACUCGGACUCGGACUCGGACUCGGACUCGGACUCGGACACGGACUCGGACUCGGACUCGGACUCGGACACGGACUCGGACACGGACUCGGACUCGGACUCGGACUCGGACUCGGACUCGGACACGGACUCGGACACGGACUCGGACUCGGACUCGGACUCGGACUCGGACUCGGACUCGGACUCGGACUCGGACUCGGACUCGGACUCGGACUCGGACUCGGACUCGGACACGGACUCGGACUCGGACUCGGACACGGACUCGGACUCGGACUCGGACUCGGACUCGGACACGGACUCGGACUCGGACUCGGACUCGGACUCGGACUCGGACACGGACUCGGACUCGGACUCGGACUCGGACUCGGACUCGGACUCGGACACGGACUCGGACUCGGACUCGGACACGGACUCGGACUCGGACUCGGACUCGGACACGGACUCGGACUCGGACUCGGACUCGGACACGGACUCGGACUCGGACUCGGACACGGACUCGGACUCGGACUCGGACUCGGACUCGGACACGGACUCGGACACGGACUCGGACUCGGACUCGGACUCGGACUCGGACACGGACUCGGACUCGGACUCGGACUCGGACUUAGAUACUCGGAAUGUGCGGGUUUCCUAA